AUGCCGCGAAAACCGAAAAAAGAUAUCUGCAAAAAGCAUGCUAUUCGAAAACUCGCUCACUCGUGCAAUUAUGGUCAGCUCUCGACAACUCAUAUGCGUAUUCAAAAUCGUGGUGCGCUCCUGUUUGAUCUGGACGACGAUGAUGUCGAUGUCGAUUUACAGUUACAUUUGCAUGGAAUAGCGAGACAACAACUGUUAGAUGAUUUGAAUGGCAAUUUGGACGAUAUCAAUCAAAAUUACAAUCUUCAAAAUCGGGCGGACAUUGAAUCCAGGUUUACGAAGAUUCAGCAAGAAAUUAAACAAGUCAUACCACCAUCAUAUUCAGCAGUAGCCAAUAAAAUGCCUUAUAAAUAUGUAAAGCGAUUAGUGAAUAAUGGACUAAUGAAAUCGAGUGAAGACCAACGAAAUUGGAAACUAACACCAUCAUUAUCAUUAUCUCCGCAAACAACAACAUUGCUGGGUUAUUCAUCACAAUCAUCGGGAAAAGAAAAGCAAUUAAAUGCCAGUUUGUCGAUUAAAGAUCAUGUUGCUGAUACAUCAUCUUUGAAAAAUCCAAUUAGCAUACGAUACAUGUGUAAAAGUACAAUUAAAAUCAGUCAACAAAACAAUCAAACAACGGCGCCUGUACCAUCGUCCCCAGUUUGGACAAGUAGCAAUCAACUUUCGACAUUAGACAAACAAAUAUCAGAUGAUCAUACACAAUCAGAGUCACCUAUAAUUCAAAAUAGCGUUUUAGUAAUGAAUCCCAGAACAUCAGCAUCUCUGAAGGGAUCAAAACGGAUUAAAAUUAUACAACCGUCAAAAUUUCUGAGUGUAACAGUACCACCAANUCCCUUGAAUACGGAUGGUCAGUGUCAGAUUAAUGUUAUUCCAGAUCUUGCUGACAUAUUUUUAUUUUCUGAGCUUUAG